AUGACGUCCCCCUCCUCACCCUCCAGCAAGCGCAAGCGCAGCGCUUCGCACCUACCAGCACCACAACCCGGCACCGCCGAGCUCCAGCCGUCCUCUCGCGACGCGUCCGGCGAAGACGGUGAGGACUCGACCGGCCCCGCCCAUGCCGCCAUCUCCCGACACAAGAAGCAAGCCAGCGCCAGCGAGCCCGUACCACCCUCCAAGCGGGCCCGCAAGAGCUCCGGCGAUGUGAGCCCGACCGUGACACCCAAUGGCGCCAUCCACAUGGAAGACCCCGGCGAGCCGUCCGAGACUACGGUUGCCAGCAGUGACAUCGAGGGCCGGCCCAGGAGUCGUCCGGGCUUGCACAUUAAUCUGCCUAACGCAGAGGAGGAGCGGCGUGCCGCCAUGCUGCCGCCGCAGCGUGGAGGGUUGCAGGACCCGGUCGGAUACCACACGAACCCGCCGCCCGAGGGGCGGGCGGUGCGGGUGUAUGCGGACGGCGUUUUUGAUCUCUUCCACCUUGGCCACAUGAGACAGCUCGAGCAGGCCAAGAAGGCGUUCCCGGAAGUCUUCCUGAUUGUUGGAGUCACGGGCGACGAGGAGACGCAUCAGCGCAAAGGUCUGACUGUGCUUAGCGGUGCGGAGCGUGCGGAAACCAUUCGGCACUGCAAGUGGGUAGACGAGGUCAUUCCGAACUGUCCGUGGGUGGUUACGCCGGAAUUCUUGUCCGAGCACCAGAUCGACUAUGUCGCGCACGACGACCUGCCGUACCAGGCUGCCGAGGGUGACGACAUCUACGAGCCCAUCAAGGCACAAGGCAAGUUCCUGGUGACGCAGCGGACCGAGGGCGUUAGCACAACUGGCAUCAUUACCCGCAUCGUUCGCGACUACGACCAGUACAUCUCCCGUCAGUUCAAGCGCGGCGCCUCGCGCCAAGAACUGAACGUCUCGUGGCUGAAGAAGAACGAGCUCGAAAUCAAGCGCCAUGUCGCCGAAAUCCGCGACAACAUCCGCAGCAACUGGACCAUGACCGGUCAGGAACUCGGCCGUGAGCUGCGCCAGAUCUGGCAGAAUAGCCGCCCUGGCAGUCCUGCGCCCAGCGCCCGGAACAGCAUUGAUUACGGCAGUGCCCGCGGUCCGCUCACAAGCCCGACCGGCGGCAGCAAAUCGCACCUCUCGCGCGUGGAGGCGCUUACUCGGCCCGAUAGCCCUGGCGUGGGCCGGAAUGAGGAUUUCGCGACGGGAUAUAGUCUGGGAUUGAUUGGUGGAGUGCGCGCCUGGAUGGCACGCAGCCGCCUCUCCCUCACAGAACCGCCCAGCCAUCCGCACUCGCCCACAGACGAAGACCCUGAGUCCGAGCAAAACGGCUAUGACGAGAACGAGUCGCGGGGCCGCAAGGGCGUGUCCGCAGCGUAG